AUGGAAAGAACCCAAACCUUAGCAGUGCAAGAAAACCGAAUAGUUAAAGUCCCUAGAGAAGAGCCUAGCAAUUUUAAGCCCAACGGGAUCAGCACUUGCAAAUACAACCUCCUUACAUUCAUCCCUAAAAAUCUUUGGCUUCAAUUUCAAAAAUUAGCAAAUGUUUAUUUCUUAGCCAUUGCUGUAUUACAAGUUAUCCCUCAAAUUUCAGUCUCAGGAGGCAUACCUAACAUUUUGCUUCCUUUACUGUUUGUUCUUACAUUAAGUGCAAUUAAAGAUCUUUUAGAAGACCUCAAACGAAGAAGGGCAGAUAAAGAAGAAAAUAGUAGGAUUGUGGAAUAUUGGACUAAUGAUGGAUGGAAAUUAAUUGCGUGAAAAAAACUGCAUGUAGGAGAUAUUGUAAAAGUCAAGAAAAACGAGUAUUUUCCAACUGAUUUAGUCCUACUUACUUCAAGUGAGUCUAGUGGAAUCUGCUAUAUUGAGACAAAAAACUUAGAUGGAGAAACCAACUUGAAGCACAAGCUUUCUUUAAAGCAAACUCACAAAAUUUUUACUGAGGCUGGAGAAGGCGUUUUAAAUAGGUUUGAAACAGAAAUCAAGUGUGAAGAUCCGAAUGCAAUGAUUUAUCAGUUCAAAGGGACAAUUUUGAUAAAUGGAGUUACAAUUCCAAUUACCCCAGAGCAGUUUUUACUAAGAGGCAGCUCUUUGAGAAACACUGACUGGAUUAUUGGGAUUUCUGUAUAUACUGGGCACGAAACCAAAAUUAUGCUGAACUCCUCAAAUGCCCAGUCAAAAUUUUCUGCGGUAGAGCACCAGAUGAAUAGGCAGGUGGUUUAUAUUUUUCUUAUGCAAUGCUGCAUCUGCUUAUUUGGCGCUGUUUUUUACACGAUUUGGUUCGAAGUUACAGAAGACGACACUGAGCAGUACUUGGACCUAGACGACGAAACACAAAGCGGAGUCGUCAUUUUUAUCCUCAUUUUUUUCUCAUGGAUGCUGAUAUUUACGAAUUUUGUCCCAAUUUCUCUAAUAGUGACGCUAGAAAUGGUGAGAUUUUUGCAAGCGAUUUGGAUUAGCUGGGACUUAAAAAUUUAUUAUGAGCCGACAGACACCCCAGCUGGUGUUCAGUCUUCUAAUUUGAAUGAAGAACUAGGACAAAUCCAUUAUGUUUUUUCUGAUAAAACUGGGACUCUUACUUGUAAUGUUAUGGAAUUUAGGAAAUUUUGUAUUGAUGGGAAAUCUUAUGGAACGAACAGCAGAACUAAAAUCGAUAAACAGCCUAAUGUAGAUUUUGUGGACCCUAAUUUUGACCGUAAAUCUGAAAAAGCAAUAGAGUUUUUCACAAAUUUAGCAGUCUGCCAUACUGUUGUAACAGAAAAGCAUGAAGAUGGGACUAUAGAGUAUAAAGCUUCAUCUCCUGAUGAACAAGCAUUAGUUUGUGCCGCUAACUCCCCCAUAAUUGAACAAUGAAAAAUGUUUUUAUAUAUAAGUGAUAAUUAUUAUAAUGAAAUCUCUAGCUAAUUUUAUGUUGAAUUUUAAACGCUUUGCAUUUUAAAACAUAAAUUUUUUCAUAUUAAAUUAAUUUUUGCUUUCCAAUUGAGAAUUUUUUAAAUUAAAAAAAAAUUUCUAUAAGAUUUAUAUAUAAAUUUUUUUAAAAAUUAGCUCGAACAAAUUUUUUUUGUUUGCUCAUGCAAGAAAGAGGGAGUAAGUAUUUUGGUGUGGAAUUAUUAGGAAGAGACAGAGAGCAAAGCGUUAUCGUAAAUGUGAAUGGAAAAGAGCAGCUUUAUAAAAUAUUAAACGUCAUUGAAUUCACAAGUAACCGUAAAAGAAUGUCGGUCAUUGCUAGAUACCCUAAUGGCAAAAUUUAUUUAUUAUGCAAAGGAGCUGAUACUGUCAUAUUGCCAAGGCUGAGACAAGGUCAAAACUUAGAUGCACCUUGGAAAUACUUAGAAUCCUACGCUUGUGAAGGGCUGAGAACACUUGUGAUCACAUUUAAAGAAAUUUCAGAAGAAGACUACGAAGCUUGGAACACAGAGUUUAUAGAAGCCAUGAACAAUUUAGAAAACCGCGAAAAAUUAACAGCUCAGCUCGCAGAAAGAAUAGAGCAAGACCUGGAGCUAAUAGGAAUCACCGCAAUUGAAGACAAACUGCAAGAUGGCGUCCCAUCCACAAUUGCUAUGAUAAGAGAAGCAGGGAUCAAAAUUUGGCUGCUCACAGGCGAUAAAAUAGAAACUGCUGUAAAUAUUGGGUACUCAUGCGCGUUGCUUACUAAUGAAAUGAUCCAGGCUACAGUUGAUGGGAAUUCUACGAAUACUGUAAAAUAUCAGCUGCAAGAAGCUUUAGCUACUUUUAGGCUAGAAACUGCUAAAUAUGCAUUGAUUAUUUCAGGGGACGCGCUAUUGAGAAUUGCAAAACCAGAGCUGAUUCGGCUGUUUUUGAAAUGUGUAGACUACGUUGAGGUAGUUUUAGCAUGCAGAGUAAGCCCUCAGCAAAAGGCACAGCUUGUAAAACUAUAAUUUUUUUAUAUUAAAUAUUAGAUUUUUUUAAAUUAAAAAAAUAAUGCAGCUAUUUAUGAGGAAAAAUAUAAUUAAGGACACAAAGCCAAAAGUAAGGACACUAAGUAUAGGAGAUGGAGCCAAUGAUGUAAACAUGAUUUUGGCUGCCCAUGUAGGUGUUGGGAUUGCAGGAGUCGAAGGAAAACAAGCAGUCAGAGCUGCAGACUACUCAAUCGCCCAGUUUUCUUAUUUAAAACGACUUCUAUUCGUCCACGGCCGCGAAUGCUACAGAAAAAACACCAACCUGAUCUGCUACAAUUUCUACAAAAACGUCCUCUUAGUAAUGCCUCUCUUUUUCUAUGGCCUUUUCAGUGCUUACUCAGGCCAGAUUUUAUACAACAUGUGGACCUAUCAGCUUUUUAACGUCUUUUACGCAGCCAGUCCUAUCAUAAUUUAUGCAAUUUUCGACAAAGACUACGACUAUGAAAAUCUCGAGACCACCCCUUCCUCAUACAAGCUUGGCUUAAUCGGCGAUUUAUUCAGUACAAAAGUCUUUUGGCUGUGAAUAGUUGAAGCUGUCCUACAAGCCAUGCUUAUUUUAUUUGUGGCUGUCCUAGCUAUUUGUUACUAUACAGGAGACGAAGAUUAUGGCAGAGUUAAUGGUAUGUGGGUGGCCAGUGACUUGGUCUAUUCUUUAGUCGUCAUUAUUGUGAAUUUAAAAAUUUUCUUAUUCAGCUUUACUCAGUACUGGUUUUCUAUCCUUGCUAUAUUUGGGAGCAUUGCGACAUAUUAUUUGACGUCUCUUAUAUUGACAAUGUGGCUUCCAAUUAUCAAUUGGUUUGAUAACUAUGAUGGCCGAGGCUCGACUGAACAAAUGUUUGAGAACCCGAACACGUAUUCGUCCCUUGUAUUAUGCAUUAUUGGCGCUUUUCUGUUUUUACCGAUUAUAAGUCAUAUAAAAGAAAUGGUUGAUUUGCUUAAGCCAUCGCCGCCAUAUUAUGAAGAAGUGGAGAAAGAUGAGAAAAAAGAAGAGGAAGAGCAGUUUAUAGAGGAAGAAGAACUGCCACUGAGCACGUAUACGCCAUUAUUGACUAGAAGGCAUACAGGGUUUGCAUUUAGUCAAGAAGCUGGGCAUGUUCCUCAGAUCACUGACCCUGAUUUUUACCAGUCCAAGCCAUAA